UAAGUAGCACACUCUAGUGAUUACAACAAUGCCAAUUCUAUUCUCGCAAGAGUUGCCCAUCUACACAGCACUCGCUCUACUUGUUCCCCUGUACUACUUGUACUUAAGGGUUAGAUGUAGAUCAGGGAACCCUGCACUGGUGCUGCCCACAGACUGGCCAAUACUGCACAUGUUUCCUUCCUUCUUGGCCAACCUCCACAACUUGCAUGACUACUUAACCCUGGUCCUCGCCGGAUCAGACCACAACUUCAGGGCGCAUGGUCCACCCGGAACCGGGUUGCGGUUCUUUGUCACAUGCCACCCUGGUAAUGUCCGACACAUCUUCACGACCAACCACACCAACUUUCCAAAAGGAGCGGAGUUCACCGAUAUCUUCGACGUCGUGGGUGGCAGCCUCUUUACCAUCGACGGUGAGCCGUCUCGUCGACAGCGCGCAAAAGUAAAGGGCGCGCUCAGCAACCCACGGAUGACUGCCACUAUGGCGGCCUGCUGCUGCGACAAGGUGGAGAACGGCCUCCUCCCAUUCUUUAGUCGAAUGGCGAGCACUGGCACUCAGUUUGACAUGCAAGAACUGAUGUCGAGGUUUAUGUUUGACCUGGCUGCUAUGCCUUUCUUCGGCGUGGAUCCUGGCCUCCUGUCCUCGGACGUGCUGCAGGACAUGCCGCCAAUGGAUGUCGCGGUCGCCAUGGACACAUUCAUGGAGGUGGGAUUUUACCUGCUCAUGACGCCGGCUUCUUGUUGGAAGUUGAUGAAACGGCUAAACAUCGGGCCUGGGAGAAAGCUCAAAGUGGCGCGCACAGUGCUACAAGAGUUCGCCGUGGAGAUGAUGGAGAGGAGGGAGAUCAACAUAUGUGUUGGUAAUGACAAGAAACAAGAGGGUGUGGAUAUUCUGUCUUCAUUCCUCAACGACCCAGACUAUGCCGACAAUGACUUGCUCCGUGCGAUGAUACUUGGCUACAUGUUUGCUGCUAGGGACACAGUUGGAACGACCCUGACAUGGAUCUUCUACAACCUCGCUCAGAGCCCUAACACUGUUUCAGCCAUCCGGAAAGAGCUCUCACCCAUUGCAUCACGCAAAGUGGAGGCCGGUGUUGGUGCCAUGUUGAUCUUUGAGCCGGAAGAGACCAAAUCUCUAGUAUAUUUGACAGCCGUCUUGUAUGAGACUCUCAGGCUACACCCAGCGGCGCCUCUUGAGUGCAAGACAGUGGUUGCCGAUGAUAUCAUGCCAAGUGGCCAUGAGGUGCACGCCGGUGACACAAUUAUUAUUUCUAUCCACUCCAUGGGGAGAAUGGAGGGUGUGUGGGGUGAAGAUUGCCUCGACUAUAAGCCAGAUAGGUGGCUCUCGGAGGGUGGCAAUACCCUGAGGUAUGUACCAUCUCACAAAUUCAUGGCCUUCAACUCAGGCCCAAGAACUUGUCUUGGCAAGGACAUCGCGGUUAUGCAGAUGAAGACUGUCAUUGCAUCAACGUUAUGGAACUUCGAUCUGCAGGUGAUGGAAGGGCAGACAAUCCAGCCCAAGCAGGCUUGUAUACAGCAGAUGGAAAAUGGGCUCAUAGUUAAGCUAAAGAAGCGAGAAAUGUAACAUUGUGCUCUCUUUAUCCCUGAAUGUAUAUGAGGACAGUGCCAAAAAAAAGAAUGUACAUAAGGACCACCAGUAAUAUAGUUUUGGGACGCACAUAAU